CCAACGGUGUCCGCCCGGCAUGUAUUCCAAGUGUAUUUUGUUCGGUUUGGUAGCCGCUUUGUUCUUUUGCAGUCAGCUCGAGGGCACCCGAAAUGGGACUGCGUCUUCCAACCGUGAGAAGGUUCUAUCGCGAAAAAGAAGAUAUUUGCUCUUUCCACCCGGUGCUAACUUUAUCGUUACCAUUUCUGGUGGUAAAGGAUCCAUGUUUGCAACACCCCGAGGAUACAACCUGGUCGCGGAGAUGGAUAUGUAUCAUCCAUUGCCAGAUUACAUGUACCAUGCGACAUCGCUGCGCCUGGGAGAGAUUGCAAUGUAUACCAAUGAAAAAACUACAACAAUUAAGCCAACUCCCACGGAUACACACCAUGAGCAUGAGCUGUCCCACCAGGAACUUGAUGAAUAUCUAAAAGAUCAUCCAGAAGCCUGGAUACCGCCGAGCUGGGCAAAAGAUCGAGCGGAUUACACAGCUUCCCCUAAAAUCACUAAACCUAUUCCACUGAAUGGAGUGAAAUAUUUGUAUAAAAGCACACAACACGGCACAACGCCCAUCACGUACCAGUCAUGGAAACGAAAGCUCUGGGAAUCAACUGGAAACGAUCGCCUGUACUACGGCAAUCUACCCCCGAAACGAGCACGAUCACUAUCAGAUUUCGCAGCAGAAGAUGCACAGUUUUCGCUGUGGACGGAAGCCAAUCAUCUUAAUAUCAGUCACCAUCUAGGCUGGGAACAUUUCCAUCAUUACCGCGACAGAAGAAGCCUUUUCCAUCAUCUGGAGACAACAAUACCCAAUUUCUUCGGAUUCCACAUGAGAGAAUGUUUGCUGCGGUCCAUUUGUGAGGCACGGAACCUUCUACCUCUCAAGGGACGUUCCAUGACGGUUGAUAUAUUGCGGGUCAUUUUCACCUAUCCACUGAAAGCUGACCUUUCGGACGAGUAUAGUAAGAUGUUGCGGGUGGAAAAACCCAACUGCAGGGAGUUAUUCAGUGACAGGUGUCCAUUGAGUAUACUUCAAUUGAUAUUGUUUGGCAAGUUCGAGCUUUAAACGCAUAUUGAAUUGAUUGUCCGAAACUAAUA